CCUGAAGUGUUUGCGCAGCGCAACGCAACCCACCGGGGCCAAAAGUUUUGCAUCGCCUUGCCUCCUGUCAGUGGUGCCCAUCACGACUGGACAGGUGAGGUUGCCAAUGGGCGAUGACCACGCUGGCAGAUCUCUCCGCCCAUGUCUAUAAGGCAGGCCCUACGUGGGAUCACUCCACCUACCAGUACCACAUCCAGCUGAAAUAUGGAGAGGCGUCGUGGGAGGUGGCCAAACGCUUCAGCGACUUUGAUGCGUUGCUUCAAAGUUUAGCGACCAACCGCUUUGGUGGCCUGCCCAAGCUUCCAGCAAAGACCUUGCUGGGCUCUCCAAUGGAUCAGGCGGCCAUCGAUGCGCGCAAAGAGCAGCUCCGGAUCCUUUUGCAGGACCUGCUUUUAAGGCCGGAUACCCGCACAUGUGCAGCUAUGCGGCAAUUCCUGGACCUUCCUGGACAUGUAGACGAGGAGAUCAGGCAAGUCCAGCCAACUCCUGUUCGAAGUUUCGAAGAUCCUCGUUUUGGGGUGAGCGGUGUUUGUGUGAGCCCUGAAGCGAAUUUGGUCAUGGUCACACACGAGGACUCCACCCAUUUGUCAAGGCUGGGGAGAGUUUGGUCGGUGGUGGAGCCCGAUGAGCUUGGUGCUUUGCAUCUUUGGGCACGUGCUGGCGAUGGCACUUGGAGACGAUCCUUCUCCCAGACCUACGGUAUCAAGGUGCGGUCCCUUUGCUGGGAGCCUGAGACGAGGCAGAUCUUCGUGGGCCUCGAAGAUGGAAAGAUAGAGGUCUUUCAUCUCAAACCCGGCGAAGUGAAGCCCGAGGCGGCGGGAGCACUGGAACUUCAUCAUAAGAGUCCAGUGACUCAUCUCAGCGUUUCUUCCAGGCGACUUCUGUCUGUGGGCUUUGACACAGCAAUGCGAGUCAUCGAUGUGCGCACCCGGGAGCUUCGAUGCGGCGGCCGGCUGCUGAAGCGACUGCGCAGUGAGAUGGACUACUUAACAAGUUGCCAUUUGGAUGAUGAGCAUGAUCGUGCCUUCAUUGGCACCUCUGGCGGGGAUGUCUUUGUUUUGGACAUCUCUCAGAAUCCGCCCAACUUUCUCCAUAUGGUUGACAUGGGCUCGAAGCCGGUAUGUGACAUGGCCCUCACCCAGGAGCACUUCUUGGUGGCCCAUAGUGACUGUAUUGCCGCGUUGACAGUGGCACCGCGAGGGGAGGAAAGUCGGAUGGCUCGGCUGGGCAACUACCGCGUGAAGCAUUUGCACGAGUCAGAGGUCAGUAUCCUCUCUGUCACCGUGGCUGUGCAACGUGACUUGGUCUUUGGAGGCUACUCCGAUGGCUCCAUAGCAGUGUGGUCCAUGCGUGCAACAGAGGCUGUUUUGGUACUGCAGGGCCACCAGUGCGAUGUCACACGUCUGGUCUGGCUCGAAGAGCCAACCUGGGGUCCCGUGCUGUACUCUGGUGGAGGUGAUGGGAAGGUGACCACUUGGAACCUCAACGGCAAUGCAGAGGACUUUGCCUUGUGGGCUCCUGCGAGUGGGCUGAAUCUCUUAGAUCGUGGCUCCAAUCUCGCACCACAGGACAAUGAUGCGGCCCUGAGUGCUUUUGAGCCGAGCUUUGACGCGGCGCCUGCCAUGAUGGGAGGCUAUUCCGAUCCCUUCACCUUGGGCGAGUCUCGCCGAGUGAAUCCACAGGCCUUGAAGACAGAGGAGUCAGAUUCGGACAACGAGUUGGUGGAUGCAUUUCAUUAGACGCGUAGCCAUGCGUAGUUUUUGGGAUCUCGGUGCAGAGACUCUGAAGGCCGUCCUAGUUGUGACGCCCGGGCGGAGCGAACUCGAAGAGACUCGCAGAAUCGACGCCCCGUCGCCAGGUUCGGGUUGAGGAAAAA